AUGUUGUCUGCAUCAAGAACAGCUGUUAGAGCUACUCGUUCAAUCCGUAGUUUUGCCACGGCUCUCAAUAAGGAUUCUCGAGUUAAUCAAAACUUAUUGGAAACACAUUCAUUUAUCAACUACAAAAAGCAAUUGGAGAAUUUAGAGAUUGUUAAGUCAAGAUUGAACAGGCCCUUGACUUAUGCUGAAAAAGUUUUGUAUGGUCAUCUAGAUGAUCCUCACAACCAGGAAAUUGAAAGAGGUGUUUCCUAUUUGAAAUUGAGACCAGAUAGAGUUGCCUGUCAAGAUGCUACUGCUCAAAUGGCCAUUUUGCAAUUUAUGUCUGCCGGUAUCCCACAAGUUGCUACUCCUUCAACUGUUCACUGUGAUCAUUUGAUUCAGGCUCAAGUUGGUGGCGCAAAAGAUUUAGCUAGAGCUAUUGAUUUGAAUAAAGAAGUUUACGAUUUCUUGGCUUCUGCUUGUGCCAAGUAUAAUUUGGGUUUUUGGAAACCUGGUUCAGGUAUUAUCCACCAAAUUGUCUUGGAAAAUUAUGCUUUCCCAGGUGCUUUAUUGAUUGGUACCGAUUCGCAUACUCCAAACGCUGGUGGAUUGGGUCAAUUAGCUAUUGGUGUUGGUGGUGCUGAUGCUGUUGAUGUCAUGUCCGGUUUGCCUUGGGAAUUGAAAGCACCAAAGAUUAUCGGUGUCAAAUUGAGCGGUAAAAUGUCGGGAUGGACUUCACCAAAGGAUAUCAUUUUGAAAUUGGCUGGUAUUACAACUGUUAAAGGUGGUACUGGUGCGAUUGUGGAAUACUUUGGUUCAGGUGUGGAAACCUUUUCUUGUACCGGUAUGGGUACUAUUUGUAAUAUGGGUGCAGAAAUUGGUGCCACCACUUCAGUUUUCCCAUUCAACAAUUCAAUGGUUGAUUAUUUGAAUGCUACUGGUAGAUCGGAAAUUGCUGAAUUUGCCAAUGUCUAUAAGAAGGAUUACCUUUCUGCUGAUCCAGGCUGUGAAUAUGAUCAAGUUAUUGAAAUUGACUUGAACACAUUGGAACCACACAUUAAUGGUCCAUUUACCCCAGAUUUGGCUACUCCAGUUUCCAAAAUGAAGGAAACUGCAAUUGCUAAUGACUGGCCAUUGGAUGUCAGAGUUGGUUUGAUUGGUUCAUGUACCAAUUCUUCAUACGAAGAUAUGACCAGAGCUGCUUCCAUUAUUAAAGACGCUGAAGCUCAUGGCUUGAAAGCCAAGGCUUUGUACACUGUUUCUCCAGGUUCUGAACAAGUUAGAGCCACUAUUGCUAGAGAUGGACAAUUGAAGACGUUUGAAGACUUUGGUGGUGUUGUAAUGGCAAAUGCUUGUGGUCCAUGUAUUGGUCAAUGGGAUAGACAGGAUAUCAAGAAGGGUGAAAAGAAUACUAUUGUUUCUUCAUUCAAUAGAAACUUUACAGCUAGAAAUGACGGAAACCCAGCUACACAUGCGUUUGUUGCUUCCCCAGAAAUGGCUACUGUUUAUGCUAUUUCCGGAGACUUGGGUUUCAACCCAAUAACUGAUACCUUGGUUGGCGCUGAUGGUAAAGAGUUCAAAUUAAAAGAGCCACAAGGAGUUGGUUUGCCACCAGAUGGAUACGACCCAGGUGAAAACACUUAUCAAGCACCACCUAAAGACAGAGCCUCUGUUGAAGUUGUUAUUUCUCCAACCUCAGAUAGAUUGCAAAAAUUGACACCAUUCAAACCAUGGGAUGGCAAAGAUGCUGAAAGAUUACCAAUUUUGAUUAAAGCUGUCGGUAAAACGACCACCGAUCAUAUUUCAAUGGCUGGUCCAUGGUUGAAAUACCGUGGUCACUUGGAAAAUAUUUCAAAUAACUAUAUGAUUGGUGCUACCAAUGCUGAAAAUGGCAAAGCCAACGAAGUUAAGAACCACUACACAGGUAAAUGGGACGGUGUUCCACAAACCGCAGCUGCAUUGAGAGAUUCUGGACACAAGUGGGUUGUCAUUGGUGAUGAAAAUUUCGGUGAAGGUUCAUCAAGAGAACACGCUGCUUUGGAACCAAGAUAUCUCGGUGGUUUUGCAAUCAUUACCAAAUCAUUUGCUCGUAUCCACGAAACCAACUUGAAAAAGCAAGGUUUGUUACCCUUGAACUUUGUCAAUGUUGCUGAUUACGAUAAAAUCAACCCUGAUGAUGAGAUUGACUUGAUUGGAUUAACCGAGUUAGCCCCAGGUAAAAACCUUAUUAUGAGAGUACAUCCAAAGAAUGGCGAAGCAUGGGAAACCGAAUUAUCACACACAUAUAACAAGGAACAAAUUGAAUGGUUCAAAUAUGGUUCAGCUUUGAAUAAGAUGGCUGCUGUUGCCGCUGAAAAGAAGGCAAAGUUGUAA